UUCUUCAACCAGAAGAUAUGUGAAUCAAUAAUGUUCAUUCAAAUUGUAGACAAACUCUGCUUACAUUUUAAAAUUUUAUUUCAGGACCUAAAAAGAGAUAUGACUCUCGAAGACGAAUUUGGCAAACCUCUGUUAGCAGUUGAUGUCUUUGGCAUGUCAAUCAUGUUCUUGGUAGAUGACAUGCUAAAAAGUGCUAGCAAGGGAAUAGAUGGCAUCAUCAAACCAUGGGAAAUUCACUUGGUUGUAACAGUUCCUGCAAUAUGGUCAGAUGCUGCCAAGCAGUUCAUGCGUGAAGCUACCAAAAGGGCUGGUAUAUGUGAAGAUCGACUAACUAUUGCACUCGAGCCCGAAGCGGCUUCGUUGUAUUGCAGGCAUUUGCAUAUUCAUAAACAUGGUGAUCUUCGCAAUGAAUCCAUGAACAAGUUACCAAUGGGUACCAAAUACAUAGUUGUUGAUGCAGGAGGAGGAACAAUAGACGUAGAACUCUGUACUUCAUUAGCAUCUUCUCAGUAUGCUGGUCUGAUUGAGCUUAAAAGGGAUAAAAUGAAGAUUUCUAACAAAGUCUUUGUUCAAUUAUUCGACAAGUCUGUGACAAAGACGGUUGGUCAUUUGAAGUCUGUGUUAUCUGACGGCUCACUGCAAGAUGUGAGAGUUUUGCUGAUGGUUGGUGGUUAUUCAGAAUCACCAGUUUUACGACAUGCAAUAUUGGAAGCAUUGCCGGAAAUUGAAAUCGUUAUACCUGUCGAGGCUUCAUCGGUCGUAUUAAGAGGUGCUUUAAUAUAUGGACACAAUCCUUUAUCAAUAACUGAAAGGAUUCUGAAGUAUACCUAUGGUACUAGUCACACACCUAUUUUUAUAGAGGGAGUUCAUCCAGAGCACAAACGAUUCGAAGCAAACGACAAUAGCAUAAGAUGUCGUGAUGUCUUUGAUAAACUUAUAACUACUGGGCGAACAGUGAAGACGGGCGAAACACAAGUAGCAAAUACAUAUUGUACAAUUUCCAGUGAUAUGAAAGGUAUGUUGUUUAAUAUCUAUGCUUCAGAGAGAGAAGAUCCAGUUUGCACUGAUGAUGAUGGAUGCUUUGAGAUAGGAAGACUAGAGAUAGAGUUAGAUGAAGUUAAAAAUACGAGUAAAAGAGAUGUUUCACUAUAUAUGUUAUUUGGCGGGACAGAAAUCAUCGUUGAGGUCGAAGACAAAUGUACUGGUAAGAAGAAAGCAAUCUCUGUUGAUUUCCUUAGGUAA